UCCCUAUCUUUUUAUCUUUUCCACCAUUUUAGCUACUUCAUAAUUUUCUUCAACAUUUUCUCUAUUUCCCAUUUCCUUAUAUCUUUCUUCUAAUCAAAGUGAUACAACAGAACUACGGGUGGCUGGUCUAUGGUGUCCACAGUCUUCCCCUCAGACCUCCGUUUUUUAAUGCCCUCUUUUUGCUUGUUGAAUUGAAGGGUCUUCUUUAAUCGCCUCCUUUCCCCCCUUUCAUUUCAAUUCAUUACAUUGAAUUUAAGUAUUUUAUUACUUCAAUUCAAACCGUUAUCCUCCAUUCUGUAACUUUCUGUUUGUUUCUGUCUUCUUUAGGCUAUGCUGAGCAAGUUCAACUUAAUUCCAAUUCUCUUUCAAAACCCCUUCUGGAAUUUUAGCGAUGUUUUUGUAGUUUUGAUGGAGACCCAACAUGGGGUUUUCGAUAUUGAGGUUUGAAGUUCUUUUCUAGUGGGUGGAUUAUCAUUGUUGUUCCAGAUGGUGAGUUUCUUAGGUUUCUAUUGAUGUGUUUUUUUAAGCAAGGAUUUUGAUGAUUGGUGUUCGGUUUGAAAGGAUUGGGGAUUGUUAAUGUAUAGCUUCUGGUUUCUUAAUUCGUUGGGGGGUUCUUAUUUUGUGGAUUGGAGAGGUUAGGAUAUAGAAUGGAUGAAGCUCAGGGAGGCGGCUUGACUUCACUGCCUCCAUUUUUAGUCAAAACGUAUGAUAUGGUUGAUGACCCUUCAACCAAUUCCAUUGUUUCAUGGAGUUCUAGUGAUAAAAGCUUUGUUGUUUGGAAUCCACUGGAGUUCUCAUCAGUUUUGUUGCCUAAAUUCUUUAAGCAUAGCAACUUCUCAAGCUUCAUCAGGCAGCUCAAUACUUAUGGGUUCAGAAAGGUGGAUCCUGAACAAUGGGAAUUUGCCAAUGAGGAUUUUGUUAGAGGUAAGCCACAUCUGAUGAAGAACAUCCACAGGAGAAAACCAAUCCAUAGUCAUUCUUUACAGAACCUUCACGGUCAAGGAAUAUCUCCUCUAACUGAAGUGGAAAGGAACAGUUUUAAGGAUGACAUCGAAAGGCUGAAACUGGAUAAAGAACAGCUUCUACUCGAGUUGCAAAAGUACGAACAAGAAUAUCAAGGAGUUGGAUUGCAAAUACAAAAUUUGAAAGACCGAUUUCAACGUGUUCAACAGGAGAUGCAAUUAUUUAUCAGUUUGAUGGCUCGCCUUUUGCAGAAACCAGGACUUCACUUGGAUCUCCUGCCACAAUUGGAAACUCCUGAGAGAAAGAGGAGAUUACCUAGAGUUUCUUACAACAUUAGUGAAGACAGCCUUGAGGACAAUCAUUUAGGGACAACUCAAACCAUUGGUAGAGACGAUAUGGGUUGUAGUUUUGAUCCAAUUUUGGAAAAAGAGCAGUUAGAACUUCUUGAGACAUCGCUGACCUUUUGGGAAGGAAUUAUCCAUAGUUAUGAUGAAACAGUUAGUCCACUUGAUUCAAGCUCAAACCUGGAGUUGGUUGGAUCUGUGAGUCAUGCCAGUAGCCCUGCUAUAUCUUGCAGACUAGUUAGGGAAGAAUUUCGGUGUAAAUCACCUGGAAUCGACAUGAAUUUGGAGCCCAUGGCUACUGUUGCUCCUGACUCUGUAGCUUCAAAAGAUCAAGCAGCUGGAGUAAAUGCUCCAUUACCAACUGGAUUCAAUGAUGUUUUCUGGCAGCAAUUCUUGACAGAGAAUCCUGGUGCAUCUGAUCCACAAGAAGUUCAAUCAGCCAGAAAAGAUUCGGAUGUCAUAAACGAAGAAAACAGACAGAGUGAUCACGGAAAAUUUUGGUGGAACACGAGGAGUGUAAAUAAUGUCGUAGAACAGAUAGGGCACCUUAAACCAGCUGAGAAAUUUUGAUACUAGGUUGACUGUUUUUCUGAAUUACAGAUUCCCCUUAGCUCACAUGUAAUAUAGUUUAUUAUGAAUGGAACGUUUGAGCUUCCACCCAUGUCUUUUUCAGUUGGUCUCGUUGAUUUUAAUUUCCUCAUGAUACUUGACUUGUUUAGAGAAUUGCUGGCUGUACCUAUGAAUGAACAAUAUUUUUUACUGCUUUAGUAAUAUAUCAGGGAAUAGACAUUAGUAAUGGAUCA